CUGAGUCGUGCCAGGGGUGAAGAGCUUCUAAGUUAAACUGCCUCUGUAAUCGGAACGUUUGUUUAUGAUAGAUUUAUUUAUUUUUUCUUCUCCCUAAAAAAAAACUGAAUUAGUGUUGGAGUAGCUGUACAGGAAGGGGUUUCUUUAUCCUCUGUUCAUUUUAUUAUUUACUAAUCAGACUUCAGCUCAGUUAGAUGAACCAGAGAGCUUCUGUUGUCUAGCUGUGAGUGUUCUAAUGAGGGUGGGCGGCCCCAGGGAGCCGAAAUCCAAAGUGGAGCGAUGCAGCUUUCGGAUUUCUUGUCAUUUCUUCAGUUGCUCCUUCUCCUCCCUUUUUCGAUGGGCCUAGUGAGCAGGAACUAUCCAAGGUGCUAGAACGCUGGUCGCGUUGCCGUUCAAUGCAGACGGAUUGCAGAAGCAAAGAAAGAUUACUGCUUAUUUCAGAAGAAUACAAUCAAAUGAGCCACCUUAGCCAGCCGGGGUGAUUGCUUCGAGUCUUAUAAUCGUCUGUGUAACAAAGUGGGUAAAAUCACUGCAUUUCUUCCCUGCUAAACCUGCAAGGAGAGGGGUUGUGUGCUCAUCCCCAUCCAAGAGCUAUGCCCUCUUUUCUCGGAAUGUCAAUUUAAGGAAGCAAGCACCUGUUCUGCCACAGCUUCUCCCUAGAAAACUUUAAAGGCCAUUCGAUCUGAUAGGAAGAACACGGAGAAUGCUCUGAUCUCUAGUGAUGAAGAAACUGGGAGUGGACACUUUCCCCAUCCAGAUACAAUGCACUUUAAUUGAAGAAAAACUGAGCUGAACUACAAGUCUGCUUUUUAAAUUUUUUUUUCUUAUGGUGCUGGAUUACUCCUCCAGAACUGCCCUAAGAUCUACUGAGAGAGGGUUCUGACAGACACGAGUCACCUUCUGGUUAUUGUACUUACCUCUCCCUGGGGACUUAAAUUUUGAAGUGUUUCUUUUCCCAUGAUCUCCUCCAAGAUGCUGAGCUCCAAUCCCGAAGAAGAUCCUUUAGACACGUUUCUCCAGUAUAUUGAGGACAUGGGUAUGAAAGCCUAUGAUGGCUUGGUUAUUCAGAAUGCAUCAGACAUUGCUCGAGAGAAUGAUCGCUUGAGAAACGAAACGAACCUGGCCUACUUGAAGGAGAAGAACGAAAAACGCCGGAGACAAGAAGAAGCAAUAAAACGCAUCGGCGGGGACGUGGGGCGCGGCCACGAUGGAGGCUACGCGGGCAAGCACUUCCGCAUGGGCUUCAUGACCAUGCCAGCGCCUCAGGACCGGCUCCCCCACCCCUGCUCCACUGGCUUUUCCGUGAGGUCCCAGUCCCUGCACUCGGUCGGGGGCACGGAGGAGGAGAGCAGCUGCGGCUCCCGGAGACAGCCGCCCCCCAAGCCCAAGCGCGACCCCAGCACCAAGCUCAGCACGUCCUCCGAGACGGUCAACAGCACCAGCACGAUGGCCAGCAAGAGCGGGAAGGGCCUGGAGCGUGCGGAAGUGCCCACCAAACCCAGACCCCACAGCGAUGAGUAUUCCAAGAAGAUCCCUCCCCCCAAGCCCAAGCGCAACCCCAACACGCAGCUGAGCACGUCGUUCGACGAGACGUACAUCCGCAAGCACGGGGCCCCCCGGAGGACGUCGCUGCCGCGGGACUCGUCCCUGUCGCAGGUGGGCACCCCCGCGGGGGACCCCGACGACGACGAGGAGCCCGUGUACAUCGAGAUGGUGGGCAACAUCCUGCGGGACUUCCGCCGCGGCGGCGGCGACGACGACGACCAGAGCGAGGCGGUGUACGAGGAGAUGAAGUACCCGCUGCUGGACGACCUGGACCCGCACGGCUGCGCGUCGCAGUGCGCCACCCCCACGGGGCCCGACGGGGACUUCGCCAAGGCCGGGGUGCCCUGCCCGCCCCCCAAGGGGCUGCUCUGCGACAUCCCGCCCCCCUUCCCCAACCUGCUGUCGCACCGGCCCCCGCUGCUGGUCUUCCCGCCCGCGCCCGUGCAGUGCUCCCCCAACUCCGACGAGUCCCCGCUGACCCCGCUGGAGGUCACCAAGCUGCCCGUGCUGGAGAACGUGUCCUACAUGAAGCCGCAGGCCGGCGCGUCCCCCUCGUCCUCGCUGCCCGCGCACCCCAGGCUGGACAAAGAGCCGAGCGCGGCGGCGGGGAGCGGCGGUGGUGGCGCCCUGGGGUCCGGCCUGCUGUCCUCGUCGCCGCCCCCGCCGCCCCCGCCGCCGGCCACCCUGUACCGGACGCAGUCCCCGCACGGCUACCCCAAGAGCCACUCGGCCUCGCCCUCGCCCGUGAGCAUGGGCCGGGCCCUGACCCCCCUGAGCCUCAAGAGGCCACCCCCCUACGACGCCGUGCACGCGGGCAGCCUCUCCCGGAGCUCCCCAUCAGUGCCUCAUGCCAUCCCCAGGCCCGUGUCGCAGGACGCCAGCAAGAUGGUCAGCGUGUCGGUCAGCACCUACGGCGGCGCGUCGGCCCCCGGCGGCGCCUCCCGCUCGCGCACGCCCACCAGCCCCCUGGAAGAACUCACCAGCCUCUUCACCUCGGGCCGGAGCCUGCUGAGGAAGUCGUCGUCCAGCGGCCGCAGGUCCAAGGAGCCCGCUGAGAAAUCAACAGAAGAGCUGAAGGUCCGCAGUCACAGCACAGAACCAUUACCAAAGUUGGACAGCAAAGAGAGAGGGCACCACGGGGCGUCUUCCAGAGAGCCUCUCAAAGCUCAGGAAUGGGAUGGAACACCAGGGCCACCUGUGGUCACCAGUAGACUGGGAAGAUGCUCUGUGAGCCCCACGUUGUUAGCAGGAAACCACGGCUCAGAACCGAAAGUCAGCUGCAAGUUAGGCCGGUCUGCAUCCACGUCCGGUGUGCCUCCUCCAUCUGUCACUCCUCUCAGACAAGCCAGUGAGCUGCCCCAGAGCCAGGUGGCAUGUAUGCAGUGGUUUCAUGGAGACCAUACAAUGCUUGAGAUGAUUGAGAAAAAGCGUUGCUUGUGCAAGGAAAUAAAGGCUAGACAGAAAACGGAAAAGGGCCUUUGCAAACAGGAUAGCAUGCCUAUCCUACCCAGCUGGAAGAAGAACGCAGGUGCAAAGAAGUACAGCCCUCCACCCUAUUCUAAACAGCAAACGGUAUUCUGGGAUACUGCCAUAUGACUGUACAGCAGGCAAGAACUCCAAUUACAUAACAACAAGAGGGAGUUCGACUCGGUCAUGUGAUAUGUAACUCUUACAUAUCCUCUCUGUCGGAAUGGAAUGCCAGUGCUUCCCUGGAAAAACCCUGGGGAAGCUGUGCCUACUUACAGCAAGUUCAAGAUAAAAUGUAAAUUUCCUUGCAACUAAGGCACACUUAUUUACCCCGGAUUAUUUUGAAUCCAGAAGAUAUUAAGAUGUAAAUAAUUUACUAGUUUAUGGGGGGACACCUGAAAUGAUACACAAUAUACAUAUAUGAAUUACAGAACUGACAAGAAUUUUACUAUAUGAUAUAAUUUCGGUAUUAACUGGUUUGUUAUCUCUUUUAUAUGUAAUCCUUUGAUGCCUUUUAUUACUUUUUUGCAUCUAAUUUUUUUUUCUUCUCGCAUUUGGCUUCUGUUCAAGAGCUCACAUCUCUAAAUCAUGUUCUAUCACAUAAAUACAUGAUCUGGUGCUAGUACUGUAGAAGUUGAAUAUCAUGUUUAUUAAGUACAUCUGUUGUUUUGUACAUUUAUAAGGGUUUGACAGAAAAUGAAUGCAAAAGUGAUGCUAAUUUGGACAUCCAUGUUACAUUAAGACAAAUAUUUUUGCUACAUUGGCUUUAUAAGAACUCAUCUUCAGUAUCAUCUUGUUAAUACUAUCCAAUGGCUAGUCAGAGAGCUAUUAAGAUCUAUCUGAACAUCCCAGUAGAGAAUAUUCCUUUAGAAAUGACUAGGGUAUGUGUCCUUGCAUCAUUGAUCUGAUGGGAGGAGACCAAAGUUCACUGUGACAAUGAAUGGAAGGGACAAGGAAUCAAAGGCUAAAGAGAUUGGCUGCUUUCACAGAGGUGGGACCAGUGGCACGAUAGUCAUCCCAAUGACUAUUUUUAAGUAAUUUUCAUGCAUUGGUUUAUUUCUCUAGAAAAUUUUCUGGAAAAUGGAAAAUUAGCAUUUAAGCAGAGGAGUUUACAUAUUUAGUACACUAAAUGCCAAUCUUUCUCAAAAUUUAGCUCCAGUAAUGGAAUUGUAUUUUCUUCAUUUUUUUUUCAAUCCUGCUGUCACCACAUUUUGAGGUUGUAAUCUUCUGUGUUCAUCACACUCAUUCUUAGUGAUGAUGACACCAUGACCAAAGAAUUAUAACCACUGGUUUAUUUUAUUGAGUUUUAAGGAAGAAAUAGGAAAUGCAGGGGUCAGGGGAUGGGGUGGAUUCGAUUUUGCCUGAUGGUGAAAUUUUAGGCAAACAAAUCAUAUAUAUCUUUUAAGAGUAACUUGUUAGUUGAAUAUAAAUAUUGCCACGGAUGAAUAAAAAAGAAACUAUCACAUAUAUUUUGUAUAUUUAAAUUACUAUUUAUGCUUCCUAAAAUUGACAGUAUGUGAUUCUUCUUUAAUAACCAAUUUAGUAUUAUAUUUCUGAAAGAAAAGGUAUGUGUUUGAAGUUAUUAUCCUAGUGGUUUUCCUGGUAAGGGUUUUGACAGCAAUAGCAAAAUGCUGCUCAAUAAAACCAAAUAUAAUAGGAGUUAGGGGACUUUUGUAAUCUAUAUUGAUAAAAUCCCAAUAAUGCUUUAUCAACAAUAGUUCCUUUCAAGUCUUUGAAAUGUCAUAAAAUAAUUUUUUAAUAUUUUAUAAUUAAUGUAUAUUUUGAUGUCCAAUGAGAAAAUUCUGAAAGAAUAAGGAGAAAAGGUAAGUGGGAGCUUGUGUAUGUGUUUUGUGUGAGUAUGUAUGUGCGGAUGAGUCUUCAGUGGGAGAAGUGUAUACAUAAAUUGCUUACUGAAAUUUUAGGUUUGACUUGUAUAUCUGAGGUGGUUAUGAAAAACAAAGAAGCAGAAUAACAAGUAUAGGAAAUUAUGGAGAGAUCUUAAGUAGCUUAAAUAAUUCCUUUGGCCUUGUUUCAUCAGUUAUAGAUUCUGAUUCAAAUCAAACAAUCAAGGGUACACACAUCCAGGUGAGAUGAAAUGUAUUGACAAAAAAUAGAAUUGAAAUUAAAAAUGUGUUUGUGACACAAGUUGUUAUCCUGAUUUAAAUUAUUAUGACCACAAAUGCUCUAGCCAAUCAAUCAGACACAAGAUAUCAAUUCAUAGAAGAGUAGACUCAGUGUAGUAAUUAUUGAAUGAUACUCUCAAAUUUUAUACUUAGAUAACAUAUGCAAGUGUGUAUUUUGGAUACAGAUAUUUUCUAUAUCUCUCUCAAUUAGGCAGAAUUAUUGUUGUUUUGUUUGGGCCACUUGUUGAAAAGACUGGUACUAAAAUGAUUCGAGUUGGAUUCUUUUGUUCACAUUUGUCCUACCAAUAAUGUACAAUUGCCUGAGCUCACAUAUUCCUUUUGAAAGCAAGUUCUUUUCUAAGAUUUUACUUUAUUUGAAGAUCUGGUCUUUGCCAAUCAUUUCCAUUUGUCCAGAUUUUGCCUUCAAGGGGAAAUAAUGGAAAGAUCUGGAAGAUCUUUAGUGGCUGUACUAAUGUUUGACUCAAGAACUAUGGUUUUUGUGCUUAUAAAGUUAUUCAUUGUGGCUUAGCCUAUAUGGCAAUAGCUACUCUAUAAUUAAUUUCCUCUUAGUAUAGUGUUUCUUUAUGUGGAGAACAGAAUCAUUGGGAUAAAGAGAACAAAAAACUUACUCUUCGCAGUAGUCAAUUAGUAUGUGUCAAUCUAUGAAUUCAGUAAAAAUUUCCACCCACAGCAUGAACACUAUGGAAUGAUAAGUCUCAUAAUUUGUGGCAGUGUCAAAGAAUAAAAAUGUAUUCCAGCCUAGUUAUCAGGUUGAAAGAGCUUAUAGUUAUUUAAAAUUGUUUCUUUUUUCAUCAAAUUUCAUAGAAACAGAAUUUUAUUUGCUGUAGGCAAGAUGCUUUUAUAUGUGAAAAACGAUUGGCAGAGGAGAGACAAAAUUCAUUAGAAUUGAAGGAAGGAAAAAAAUCAAACCCAGCAUUUCUGUCCAAUACCCUAAUGCAGCAUUUCUUGAGUUAUUAACAGUAGUGUCUUAUGUAAAGAAAGCCACCCUUUCCCUAACGUUUAUGUUGCUGAAGCAAGUUUGGAGUGAAAUUGAAAUGAAGGUUAAUGUCCAUUUUAUCAAAUGGUUGGGAAAAUGAAGCAAAACUUUAAGAGGUUAAAAUUGGUAGUUUCACCUAUAUUCAUUCAAAUAACCUGUUGGGUUAUUGUUUUAAUUAAUUAAAACAUCAAAACAUUAAAAUGUAAGUUCAAUAUCACUUAUGUGGUGAGGUGACUCACUUCUCACAAAACAGCUAAAAGCUAGUAAGCUUCUUAUGGCUGCCUAUAUUAAGGGAAAAGUCCUAUGAUUUAAGCAUUAAAUAAUUUGAUAUAUGAAAGAUAAUUCACCCUUGCAAAGGAGUAGAAAUAGAAUAGAGUAAUAAUUAACCAUUAUUAUGUCUGCAACUUAAAUAAAAGUGAAAAAAAUGGCCUAGUUAGUAUUGGAGAUUAGUUCAAUACAAUGUUCACUGUAUAAGGAACUAGCUAGCUAAUUAUAGAUUGUGGAUGAUUUAUUGCUACAUAAUUACAUUAGCAGUUCCUAAUUGGGAAACUUGUAUAUCAGUCACUUUAUAAACAAUUCAGAAGUACUCGGAAUUAAGCAUUAAAAUAUGUGGUCCCUGCCUACGAAGAGUUUAAUUAUGCAAUCAUUAAUGUUUAAAAACAAAGUCAAUUGUUUUGAAGAAGAUAUAUAAUAUCACCCGUAUUUGAUAUAUCUUAUGUGUUUAUAUAUGGUCUUUUCUCUUUUUUCUCAGAUCCAAUGUACAGUCAAAAUAAAUAUUAAAACAUAUUUAAGUCAUGUCUAAGUAUAAAUAUGUGUAUGUGUAAGCCGCUAUAUGUACACAUAGGCUAUGUGCUGGUGUCUAUGUAAAUCAGUAAAAGGAUAACACGUAUUACCAUGUUGGACUUGAACAUUAUGGCUUGGGGUUUCUAUUGAUUUAAAACUCUUUGAUAUUUGGGUCAAUUAAAUGGUAGCAAAUUUGUGUAAUCUCAAAAAUUGAUUGCAUUUCACUUUAAAUACAAACUUUCUAAUUUAAGUGGAAACUAUUUUAUAGAUAUAUUGUUGGGUUUGUCUCAACUAAGUAUUCAUGAAAAUCUUUUUGGAGUGUUCAAUUGUUCCCAAAUAUGACUGGGUUUGCCCACCCUAAAAGCAUCUACAUUUCCACGUGUAUACACCCACAUACAGUAUACAUACUGUAUAUAAUAUAUAUGAAAAUGUUUAGUAUGCACUUCUUUUGUUCAGAACUCUUUGGGUUGACAUUUAUAGUGUAGCAAUUUGUGUAAAGUGCACUGUGAUUAUUAAAACAAAGCACAGUCAAGUCACAGGUCUUGUUAUCUUGCACUAAAAAUGUGUUUACGUAUUUAGCAAUUGUAUGUUUACUUUCUUGCUCUUUUCAAUAAAUCAAAACAAAUAGCUAUUGAGAGAAUGAUAUAAUAUGUUUUUUAGUGGAUAAUGGCACUACAUUUUUAAAAGACAGGGUUUUAAAAAAAGAACCAUUUAACAUCCAUUCCAAUAUAAAAUGUUUACCAUACAAAAAAAUUCUGAAUGUCAUACUGCAUUUUUCAUGAUUCAUUAAAAAUAUCAGGUAUGUGCCUGAAAAUUUGUGCAAAUAAGCAUUAGAUAACAGAUUUCUCUACUCAUGUGCUGUUAGUUAUUUCUAUAUACACAAUAAUAUAAACACUGAUGUUUUAAUUUCUCUUAAUUUUUGUACUUGAUUUUUUUAGAUAACAUGUAAUUAUAAUUGUACUUUGAUACUACUGAAGUAACCAGAUGUUGUUUGAAAACAUUGUUUUCUUUAGUGCAUUGACAAUAUUUUACAAUACUUUUGUGCUUAUUUAUUUGUGCUCCCGUGUAAUUAUAAUAAAAGCAAUAGUUUA